GCGGGAACUGGAGCUGGUGGUGCAGCCACCUUUGCCCGGCCGGGUAUUCGAGCCAAACUGUCAUCGCCAAAAUGUCGGGAAAAGACCGAAUUGAAAUCUUUCCCUCUCUAAUGGCCCAGACUAUCAUGAAGGCUCGGUUGAAAGGUGCACAGACAGGCCGAAACCUCUUGAAGAAAAAAUCCGAUGCUUUAACUCUUCGAUUUCGACAGAUCCUAAAGAAGAUAAUAGAGACUAAAAUGUUGAUAGGUGAAGUGAUGCGAGAAGCUGCCUUUUCACUAGCUGAAGCCAAGUUCACAGCUGGCGACUUUAGCACCACAGUUAUCCAGAAUGUGAACAAAGCCCAGGUGAAGAUUCGUGCAAAGAAAGAUAAUGUAGCAGGUGUUACUUUGCCAGUGUUUGAACAUUACCCUGAAGGAACUGACAGUUAUGAACUGACUGGUUUAGCCAGAGGUGGGGAACAGUUGGCGAAGUUAAAGAGAAAUUAUGCCAAAGCAGUGGAACUACUGGUGGAACUCGUUUCACUGCAGACUUCAUUUGUUACCCUCGAUGAAGCUAUUAAGAUAACCAACAGACGUGUAAAUGCUAUUGAACAUGUUAUCAUUCCCCGGAUUGAACGAACCCUUGCUUACAUCAUCACAGAGUUGGAUGAGAGAGAACGAGAAGAGUUCUAUAGGUUAAAGAAAAGCCAAGAGAAGAAAAAGAUUCUUAAGGAAAAAUCUGAGAAGGAUUUGGAGCAGCGAAGAGCGGGUGGAGAGGUGAUAGAGCCCGCUAAUCUUCUGGCUGAAGAGAAGGAUGAGGAUCUUCUCUUUGAAUAA